AUGGCAUCUCAAUCUACACAUCAAAGAGAGCCUAUCAGCGCAUCAGAGAUCUUUCCAAGCGUGGACAAUCAAGCUCUUGAACUUCCCCCAGGAGUACCAAGGUUGACAUACCAGAGUCUCACGAGCUCCACCAGCUUUCGUCUACUUCAGAUCCUAUCAGACGGCGGCCAAGAUAUUCUUCGCUGCAGGAUGUUUGAUGCUGAUCUCGCUGCACAAGAUUCUCCCCGAUACAUCGCAUUGUCUUAUACAUGGCACGAAGAGAGUCUGCCCAAGAUCUUCCGGCCUGUGUUGAUCAACGACAAGUAUCUCAACGUCAGUCUGAAUCUCUGGAACUUUCUCCAAAAUUACCGCGAAACAGCCGGCGAACGGAUCAUCUGGAUUGAUCAGAUAUGCAUCAACCAAGCCGACACGGACGAGUGCAUUCAGCAGAUUGGCCAGAUGUGUGAGAUCUAUCAGCGUGCUUCUAUGGAUCUCUUUUGGAUCGGCGAGCCGGGAGAGAACACAGAAACAGUCUUUGAUCUUCUAUCAUCAUUAAAUAGCCUGGAGAUACAUGUACUUGAAUCUGGAGGUUCUCACCCUGGGAUAAACGCUCUGCUUAACCCGAUCUUUAUGACGGCAAUCGGCCUACCAAUGCAUGAUAACCCAAUAUGGGGCUCUCUAAUGCAGUUUAUAUCGCGAUCUGCGUUUCAGCGAGCCUGGAUCAUCCAGGAAGUCGCAGUAUCUCGAAAUCCAGCUAUAUUCUGCGGUCUGUUGAUGCUUCCAUUCGAUGUUGUCGGGAGAGCUGCGACUUUCCUCGUUGAGAGCUCAUGGAUCAAGCUGUUCCACGAGAUGUAUGCAGUCUCUGGUGCAGCGGGCUUCAUUACGGCUAUGAUGAACUGCCGAGUGCGACAUCAGGAAGGGGAGCAUCAGAGUUUAGAUCUUUUGCUAGCAUCGACGCGGCGCUUCAAAGCUACCAAACCGGUGGAUAAGAUAUUCGCGCUGAUAAACCUAGCAGAGAGCGGGAGAGAAGAAGCGUUACCGCCAGCACUUAGACCAGACUAUCGAAAGUCUGUUGUCGAAGUCUUUCGAGAUGUCACUCUGCAUCUCAUCCGCCAAGGUUCCCUUGACAUCCUUUCCGGUAUCGAAGAUGUUAAGUUUCGGCAGAUUCAUGAGCUUCCGAGUUGGGUUCCGGAUUACAGCGUACAUCAGGUUGCCUCUAUUCUCUGUAUGCCACCACGACCUGAAUCACUGACCUUGUAUGCCGCUGUGGUGGGUCGAGAAGUCAGUAUACAAUACUCGCCUUCUGACCCAAAUACCCUGGGGAUGUCAGCAUACAGAGUCGACAGGAUAUCCAAGAUAUCUCCUAUAGCAGAGCAGUCGAUCUACGGCACUCUAGAGAAGUGGGCGAGUAUGGUUGAUCUCAAUGCAGGGUACCCUAGCCUCGAGGGCGAGUCCGGCCCUAUGAUCGACGCCUUUUGGCGCACACUGAUCGGGAAUGUUGGUCUUGGAACAAGCAGUUACCCCGUGGCCGAAGACUGGGUUUCCAAGUUCGCCGCGUUUGUAUUGCAGGCUCGGGAAAGGGUCCAGGCGCGCUUUGCGAACUCGUCCGAUGCAGAUGUGGAGAGCCCGAGUUUGACACCAGGUAUCGACUCACUUCUUGACGUGUUGAAAGGGGAUUAUCGAGAGAAGGAGGCUUCGGAUCAAGAUGGCGGCCUUUACGAAAGUACCAUGCACCAUGUCUCUUGGUAUAGAAGAUUGUUUCUUACAAGCCGGGGGUACUUGGGUCUCGCUCAUCCGUCUUCUCAACCAGGUGACGAAGUGGUUCUUCUUUCUGGUGGGCGCGUACCUUUCGUUGUCCACAGAGUGAGUACGGAAAUGUCAAAGUGUUACUCAAUCGUUGGGGAGGCUUAUGUGCACGGGAUCAUGGAUGGGGAAUUGUUAGGUACGGCAGACGGGAAAUGGGAAGAUUUACAAUUCAAGUAA